CAGCAACGUGCGUAUUCGGUGCUCGGACGGCGACUCUUCAAAGCGCAGAGACAAGCACUGUGUGGGAUGCACGCACGUUCUGAGAAGAGAUUCAACGGUCAAUGUGUCGCAAGUGACAGGCAAUGUUGCUUGUACGCUUCUUGUUUUCGACAGUCGUCGCGUAUAAUGGUCGCUCACUUGGACAGUCCGAUUCUAUGCCGGUCCGUUAUCGAGAGGGUCUGCUUUCAGUCGUAUCGAUUCUAAAUGGUCGUGGACACAUCCCAUAAUUAGUACUACGCCGUAACAAUAUUUUACGCAUGACUGACAGAGAUCCAGGCGCAUCGGCGAAGGAAAAAGUUAAUGAAUGUCUCCCAUAAGUCACAUAUACAAGUAUAAUCCACGUACAUGUGGGUCUUAUGACAUCUUCGGCUCGGCCCGCUUAUACAAAGAUCAUCGAAUGCUCUGCGCUCCUGCUGCUCCUGAAAUCACGUCAACUGAUUCAUACUCGGCCCGCACGAACGAUUUUGCGAUCACAAGCAUAACGUAGUCGAAACACAUGAGCUUUUGCAAACUCAUGGAUCAGGCAGCUAAGACGUUCUUCUCAUCACCACAAUUCGCUGUGGCAGGCGCAUCCUCGGAUGCCUCCAAAUUUGGUCAUAAGAUAUUCACCUGGUACUUGGCACACUCGCUGCCAGUAACACCUCUGAACCCUCGCGCAUCUUCUAUCACGGUCGGAUCGAAGGAGUACCCCACCCUACAGUCUCCCUCACAACUGCCUGCGCCACGAGAAACCUCGUUAAGUGUGAUCACUCCACCAAAAGUAACUCUUGCGGUGCUGAAAGAGGCGAAAGAAGCAGGUAUACCGGCGGUUUGGCUUCAACCUGGUGCAUUUGAUGAUGAUGUGUUAGCAUAUGCGAAGGAAGCCUUCCCUGGUGCUGCCGUCGCUGGAUAUGAAGGGGGAACAGUUGGAGACGAAGGCUGGUGCGUGCUUGUUGAUGGGGAAAAUUCUCUUCGUGCUGCAGGGAAGAAAGUACAGAGGACUAGAUUGUGAUUCAGUGUCGAGUAAUUGCUCAAGUCCUGUGCGGAUAAAAAAAAUAGCUAUCGCAAUCGUGAAGACAGCCUUGUGGUCAUUAGCUAUGAUAUCAUACUUUUAUCGGUUGCUGAAAGCUCAUGAGUCCAAGUAUGAGUUCGUGGAUCAGCCCUCAUUCGACCAAAAGCUUCUAUUCUGUGCUUUAACACUAAACUUAUGGGGAGCAUUACGAAGCAUCCACAACGAUAGUUGAACUUCGCACAGUUAACUUUAUCCCUCCACGGCUGUCGCAAAAGAUUUUGUGGGAGG